AACCGCAUCGAGCGCAUCUUCAGCUACCAAUUAUUGAUUCAGUUCUUCACUUCAUUGUUGAUCUUUGCGUUAACUGGAUUUCAAGCCACAACGGCCAGACUCUCCGAUGGGAUGAUCAUUUUAUACAUGUACUUAGGGUGCAUCUUCUCGGAGUUGUUUAUUUAUUGCUUCUUCGCCAAUCAGGUUAUGGAUCAGAAUCAGUUGCUGGCCAUAACAGGAUACGACUCUUCUUGGUAUACUUUUGGCACAAAGUAUACAAACGAUUUGAUAUUCUUCUUGCUGAGGGCGCAAAAGCCAGUAACUUUCAGCGUAGGAGGCUUCUUUGAUUUAUCCUUAAAUACAUUCACGGGGAUUCUCGGAAAAUCGUACUCCUUCAUUGCAUUGUUGAGACAAGUUUACUCCGAGUAACGUUUCACAAUUCAAUCAACUUUUAAUAUUGGAAGGAAUGACUUUUUUUAAUAGCAAACACUUUUUAUUGUAGUUUUAUUUCCACCAUU